AUGGGCGACCCGCGUCCAAGCCGUGUCGAUGAUACACUCCAAAACCUGUUCGAGAGUCUGGUCACUCCUCCUUUGCCAGGAGAGCCUGACUCAGAUGCCGAGUACCGAAUCGAAAACUCAAUACAAGCCGCACGGGAGAUCGUGCAGGCAGGUCAAGGGCCCCUUCCCCCCGAAGUCAACCAUGCGCCCAACUUGAUAAAGAGGAAGUUGCUACGCGAGAACGAGUCGCCGGAGAAAGCUGCCAAGUUCAACAAUCUUUAUUCGAGGCUGCUUGCGCUUCCCGUACUCAACCAGAAAUGGGCCAUUCUUUAUCUGCUUCUCCAGAUAUCGGAUGCUGACCAGCAUUAUGUUGAGUAUGAGGCACCUCAGUCACCAUCAGCGGGACGCCAGCACGUCAGCACCCCUCAACAGUAUACACAGGCCAGACCCACAACAGGAAGCAGUGUCACAAACGAGGAACAAGCGGCAGUCGCUCAGGAAGAACCCGCGCUCUCAACUCCUCCGCGACCCAAGAGCAGCGGACACCGCUCUGAAAUGCCUCGCAGUCCGGGCAAAGACUCUGUCGCUCCACCAAAUCCACGCAUACCUCAUGGACCUCCGGAGAUUGAACUGCUCAGAGACCUACCCUUCAACUUACAGGGUCUCUCUUCAGCUAGUUUGGCUUUCACAUCACCUGCCACGAUCAAACUUCCUAAGACACUCCCCAUACCGAUCCUUUCCCUGCUUCACACCCUGGCAGAGCCCUGUCUCCUGUACAAGGAUAUGGCCGACUUUGCUGCCGGACAAGGUGGGAGUCUCAUCAACCAGAGCCUUCGAGCAGUAAUAAGUCAGGAGCUACGUUCUUAUCUUAGUCUUGUCGCUUCUCUGGAAGGAGAAAUUCGGCGUGCUUUGACGGCGCUCGAGAAGGGCGAUGAUCCAAAGAGUGUUCGUUCUACGGGCGUCACUCUCAAACGAUGCGUCAUAUGGACCAGAGACGCUACGAUGGGCCUCCGAUUGAUGAGUCUCUUUGUCGAAGAAGCUAAGCGAAAGAAGGGGGGUCAAGUUAUAUCUCUGAUUCAUGAUAUGUCAUCCACACAUGGCGACCCAUUCGUCGGCUCAUUCGCUCAGAGACUACUGGCUCAAGUUGCUCGACCAUUUUACGAGAUGCUCCGACACUGGAUCUACGAUGGUGAACUGGUUGAUCCUUUCCACGAAUUUUUCGUCACUGAACCGGAUCCUCAUACCAAGCCCGACGUUGAUCCUCGCCGAGUGGCCACCUCGAUCUGGGAAGAUAAGUACAAGCUUGAUUCGGCUAUGGUGCCGUCAAUAGUCUCGGCCGAGUUCGCGAAGAAAGUGUUCCUGAUUGGCAAGUCACUCAACUUCGUCCGCAACAAUUGUGGUGACUCUGAUUGGGUCAUCGAAUAUUCGAAAUCGAACUCCAAAUCUCUCGACUACGCCAACACGACCAGUCUUUUUUCUUCUAUCGAUGCCGCUUAUGCCUCGACGAUGUCACGACUUACGCACCUAAUGUCCAACAAAUUUGGCCUGUUCACUCAUCUUCUGGCAAUCAAGAAGUACCUCUUGCUGGCACAAGGCGACUUCAUCGAGCUAUUAAUGGAGUCUUUGGCGCCCAAUCUUGAUCGACCGGCCAACUCACAGUAUCGUCACACACUGACUUCGCAACUUGAGCACGCCAUCCGACACUCCAAUGCUCAGUACGACGAUCCUGAGGUUCUGCGGCGCCUGGAUGCACGCAUGCUGGAACUGUCUUCAGGCGAAAUUGGCUGGGACUGCUUCACCCUUGAAUAUAAGAUCAGUGCUCCAUGCGAUGUUGUCAUCACCCAGUGGGCAAACACGCAAUAUUUGAAAGUCUUCAAUCUGCUCUGGAGAAUCAAGCGUGUCGAAUUUUCGCUCAACACGACCGCACGACGAUGCAUCACCGGAGCCAGGAGCGUGCUUGCGGCAGUUGAUGACAAGUUGGGCCGCGAUUGGAAGCGAGCAAGAUGUGUAGUGGCAGAGAUGGUCCAUUUUGUCAACCAGCUGCUUUACUACAUCCUGUACGAAGUUGUUGAAGCCAGCUGGGCUACAUUGCUGUCCGAGCUACGAAAGCCACAUGCAACACUCGAUGACAUGAUCGAAGCCCAUACCAGAUACCUCAACAGCAUCACGCGGAAAGGCCUUCUUGGACAACCAUACCACUCUUCGACCGGUCAACGCGAGGACAGCUUCCUUGCUCAGCUGCAUUACAUUCUCAAAGCCAUGCUCUCGUAUCGAGAUGUAGUUGACAGCUUAUAUUCUUUCAGUGUUGCUGAGUUUACGAAACGACAGCAGUUUUCGGCGAAGAUCGAGCAGAGGACUGCUCAAGGGAAGUGGGGUAUCACGGAGAAAGACCUUGCCGGCAAUUCCAGAGCGAGCACCCCAAGCCUCAUCCCUCCCAGCAAGUCCGGCAAGCUUACAGACUUGGGUGAUUCUACAGACUCGCCGCUGUUGAAGCCUUUGGGAGGUCUGAGCGUGGCUGACGAUCAGACAUUGCUCGAGUCACUUCGCGCAAGGAUGCUUCAAAUAUCGGCAGAAUUCAGAUCUCGUGUCAAUAUCAUGCUCUACGACCUGGCUCAUCAGCCUGACGCCGAUCUGCGCUUCCUUGGCGUUGUUAUGAACUUCAAUGAGGUAUACAAGCCCGUCAACGUCCGGAGACUGCAGCGGAGAGAAAGAGAAAAGGAGAAGCGGGACAAAGAACGUCAGAGCGCCGAAACCAACGGUUCUGCAGUCGGUGGCGGGGAUCGGAAGGUGAGCGAGACAAAAAGUGCUAAAGCCUGA